AGAUUCCGAGGUCUCUUCUCCUCCCCCAUCAUCAUCGACAACAACAAUCGCAUCACUGCAUUUUCAUGUCGAUAUGACACUGCACAGGCACACUAAGCCGUUUCCUCAUCAGUACCGACUCGAGUUUUAGAUUCGCGUCCCCUAUCUCCGCAGAUGAUAACGAUCGUCCCCCCGACUCGUCGCAGUGGGUUCACGUCGUCAUCACCGCGGAGCGUCCCAGACUAAUACUAUCCGUGCUAAGGCUACAGCUGCACAUAAUUUAUCAUCUUAUUUCUGAAACACUAACUCUCUUUGCCUCAUUCUUAAACUACUUCAACGCUCAACAACUCCUGGGCCAUUGAUCUUCAAGAUGGGGGGAUAUCAGUCCACUGAGUCUGCGGGCCAUAAGUCAUCGCCAGAGGAACUGAGUUAUAUGCUUGCUGAGCGCUUCGCCACCAAGUGCUUCACUCCUCUGGAGCUUACCCAUUUCAAAGACAACUUUUACAGCCGUGCCAUUGACCAAGGUGGCGUGAAGUACUGGAAUGAGAAAAUACUAUCGGACUUCCUUGGGGUCCCAGAUAGCAGCGACUCUCAAUGUCCCCUCGACGCUGGCCCUGUGAUCUUCCGCAUGGUCUCGUACCUAGGAGCUUUUCCUUUCCAGAAUUCGCUCGCGCCGAGUGUGCUCACAUUCGAUGCUAUGGUGAAGGUUGUCGUUUUGCUCACCGAGAGAUAUGGAAAGGUGCUCAGAAGAGCACGCAGAGAUCGCAUCAGGCUUCUGUUUGGAAGCUUAGCUGAUGUCGGAAGGAAAGAUGUUGAAAAGUCAUCUACCAGUAGCGAUAUGUUCGGAGAGGACGUACCUAACGCGACCACAUCAAGUUCUCACGCUCCGGGAUUUGCCGUUGAUGCUCCUGCUAACGACGGCUACGAGGAUGAGGAGGAUGACGACUUGGCUCUGGCUGCCUUGGAAUCGCUUGACGCCAUCGAGGUCUUCAAGCAUGACUCUCGUGUAGAUAGGGCGGUUUAUGAAGCUCGAGUCUCCGAUAAUACUUUCCGUCGCUUGCUGAUGCUGCUUAUUGUGAUAUCGCGAUUGAGGUCCAUCGAGUCAGCAGCAGUCUACACAUCGAAUCUCAGUGGAACACGCAUGGAUUCGAUUCGAAAAGAAGCGGACAGCAUUAUAGCAGCGUUUGACCAAGAACCAUCCAAGGGAAUCAGGUACAGGUCUUUCGCGGAGACGGUAUCUUCCUCAUUACCGUACCUAUUUGACCCUCUGACACCUUUAUUCGAGCAUUUCUUGUUCAGCAAGAACCUGGACCUUUCUCAGAAGCGCGAUAGGGCUGGUUCGACUGAAUCUAUACUAGAUAAAGCCAUCCUAGACGAGCUGCAGCCUCCUCCCUCAGUCAUGCUUGAUGGUAGUUUCGAGUCAGUGAUUCUGAAUACGAGCCUGUUGUCGCACCUUUCGUUCUUCCUUCCCUCAACAUCCGAGGACUUAAACUUCCUACGCGGCAACACACGCUUACACCCCGUUUUUUCCACGGCCGCACACGGAUCCUCGCUUACCUCAUUCUCUCACAACGUUUUAACCUGGUCAUCAGGCACCCUGCUCAUUCUUGAUGGUGUGUCUGAGACUAACGGUCCGGUCAUCCUCGGCGCUUACCUACCACAGCCGUGGAAAUCACCAUCAUCAACCGCCUCAUCAUCCCAAUUCUCCAACUCCGUCCUCCCUUGUCUUUUCCAGCUUUCACCACAACACAUGCUCCUGCAAGGAAAUUCUUCCCCGUCUGCACAGAAACCUGAUACCCCUGCGGCAUAUUUCUCCACGAGCUCGGGAAUAUCUAUUGGAUGUCGCAUCCCACCCUCAUCGCGCAGCAACCGCAAGCCUCCUGCCCCCUUCGGAGCCGGCAGUCUCACCAUCGACGCCAAUCUCGAGACCGCAAACUUCUAUGUUUCUCCAGUUGGUUGCGACGGGUCAUUUCUCCCCCCGGCGCCCAGCACAAAUACCGAAACCACAUACAAAACGAGUAUAGAUAUCUACAACCUAGAGGUUUGGGGACUUGUCCCAGAUCCUACGACCACCACCGCCGAAGUCGGGAAGAGCGCCGUCGAGCUACAACAGGCAAAGUGGGACUUUGAAGCGCGCGAAGCGGAAAGACGGCGGAACCUGAACCUCAAGGCUGGUGCGGGCGACUCGGCUGCCGAGAGUGCUCGUUGGCUGUUGGAAACUGCCGGCAUCAUCGGCGACAGUAGUCGACAAGGCGGCUCGCAUGUGAUCUAAUUUGAACAAUCGCGAUGGUCUAGCCUUUGCUUCAUCUGGAAAUGCUAAGUUAGCCCUGGAGGAAUACCUGGGGGUAUCAGUUGAUGAUUUGCUCACACAUAUGAGGCGUACCUCAAUGUUGGCGUAUCUGAAGUUUGAUACUAUUAUUGUGGAUAUGUUGAAACCAGAAACAGACUCAAUUGGACAUUGAAGCUACCGCGAG